AUGGGCGAAACAGAUUUAUGGGAGCUUUCAUUAUUUGAUGGUUCUCAAUGGGAAAAUUUUAUUGAAAUGAAAUUACCUCUAUUGAACAAGUUCGAAUUCUGGUUUACUCGCCCUGUACAUGAUCAUGCAGAGCCUAACACUGUAGAAUCAUUGAUUGCACCAUUUCAAACACCAUUUUGGCUUGAAAUCAAACGGUGGUUUGUUAAAUGUGACUAUGUAGACGACGAUUAUGACCGAAAAUUUUAUCUUUAUUCCAUACCCAUCUUCCUAGAUAGCUUUGAUUAUUCUAACCAGCAAGGUACAAUUCUACAUUCCAAAUUAAACAUCACGGAUAACAACGCACCAAUUAUCGUCAAUACACAUCGAUUAGAUUUAAAUUUGAGUCAAAUGAUGACUGAAAAUAUUCGAAACAAUACUGUUGAUGGUUUACCAAAAUUCCUCUCAAUGGUGCGUCAUCAAUUCAUUAAUCAAGCUAUUUAUGCAUUUUCUGAUCUUGGUAUAGCUGAUCGAUUGUUUGAUGUACCAUCAGAUCGUAGUCUUACUGUCGAAGAAAUUAUGGGUGAUGAUCGAUUACAAUGGAAUCAAGAUUUGCUCUAUUGA